AUGAGCAUACAGGUCUUGCCCACCGCGCCGUCCCCCACUGUGACGCACUUGAUGAACUUGGCCGCGUUGGUUCCCAUUGCCGCCAAGACGAAGACCCAGCAACCCGCAGAGAGAACUUCACGCAGCGAGAGAGAGAGAGAGAGAGAGGGGCAGGGAAGAAAGGGGAGAUAUGAAGGUGCUUCCUUGAAAGAGAGAAAGUGA